AUGUCCGAUGUUGUGCCCUCCUCUACUCCUCACCACUUGCCACUUGCGCUCGAGAUUGAGCAAUUUCUAGACGCCAUAAUGCGAUUUUAUAGUCUCUUUGCCCUAAUCGUUCUGUUUCCCAUCGUCGCAGCUGAUUUCCACCUUGGCAAGCUCCAUUGUUACGGUGAAGAACCCGACCAAAAUGUCAAUUACGACGUCAUGGUCCCUUCGAACGAUGGUAGCCGAAACCUGGCGGUGAAAUUUGCUCAUGCUCAUGCUUAA